GAGAAAAUGGUUAAACCUGAAAGCUUAGCUGAGUGGUUAAAAGAAGAUUUUAUAAUAAAUGGUUACUGAUAAUAAAAAAAUAAAAAAAAUAAAAAUUUGUGGACAGUGUGAGGAGAAAAUGAGAUACUGUGAGCCAAUCCCGAAAGAAGAAGAGGAUAAAGGCAGAGAAGAGAAAGAGACAAUGGACGGUUAAGCAUGGCAUUAAUUUUCCCUCCUCUUUCUCGUGUUGGUAUAUGCUUCUAGCAUCUUCUCUCCAUCCUUCAAACUUCAAAAACCCUUUCAUUUUUUCUAUAUUCAUUACUGCAUAUUCCAUCCAACACAACAAUGCUUCACUCCACUUCGCUUCUUCCUCAUAAUAACCGCUUCGUCUUCUCCUUCCGCUUAAAACCUUCUUAUUCUUAUUCCAACCCUCUCUCUUUCUCCAACUUCCUCUCUCUUCAAUCGUCUUCGCAAUCCUCAUGUUGCCGCGUCGCUCGAAUCUCCACCGAUACCUUGGAGGUCUCGCCGCCGCCGCCGCCGCCCUUCCACUUCCGCCGCGAAAUCGCCAGGCUCGCCGCGCUCCGCGACAGGCUCGCCGCGUGCGCUUCUCUCGACCAGAGACUCCGAGUGAUUGACGCCGAUUCCAGAGUGAGGCGCUUCUUCGGCUCGCGCCGCGGCCUCGCUAGGGUUCUGGCGUCGCUCCGGAUGAGCUCCGACCAGCUGUUCCUGCUCAAGUGCUUGGUCGCCGCGCGGCAGGAGCACGUGCUGCGUUUGGACGAAACAGAAUCGCUGGAAGCUUCCGCCGCCGCGGAUAGUGCCGUGAAGAGCGCGCUCUACGCUCUGGCGGAGAUGAUUGAGAAUUUGGAUUCGUAUAACGGCAAUGCUGGUGCGGGUUUGGGGAUGGCUUUGGAGGAUCACGAGAUUCGGGAGUUGAAUAAGUUAUUAGAGACGUUGGCAGAAAUUGAGCGCUUCUAUGACUGUAUUGGAGGAAUUAUUGGAUAUCAGAUAACAGUACUGGAACUUCUUGUUGAAGAAUCGUUUGAGAGGCAGAAUAUAAACUGGUCCCACCACAGGCAUGAUUUGAAUGAAAGCCAAAUAUUGGGAAUUAAUGCACCUAAUGGGCUUAACCUCUCUGAAGACACAGAAUAUGCAUCUCAAGCAGCUCUAUGGGGUAUAGAGGGUUUGCCAGACCUAGGUGAAAUUUAUCCUCUGGGAGGUUCUGCCGACAGGCUUGGUUUGGUUGAUCCUAAGACAGGUGAAUGCCUACCUGCUGCAAUGCUACCAUAUUGUGGAAGGACUUUGUUGGAAGGCCUUAUACGAGAUCUUCAGGCUAGAGAAUUCUUGUACUUCAAGCUAUAUGGGAAGCAGUGCAUCACCCCUGUUGCAAUUAUGACAAGUUCUGCAAAGAACAACCACAAACAUGUCACUUCUCUGUGUGAAAGACUUUCGUGGUUUGGAAGAGGUCGAUCAACUUUUCAACUUUUUGAGCAGCCUCUUGUUCCAGUUGUUGGUGCAGAAGAAGGUCAGUGGCUAGUCACUAAACCAUUCAGUCCCUUGAGCAAGCCUGGUGGCCAUGGUGUCAUAUGGAAACUAGCUCAUGACAAAGGCAUCUUCAAAUGGUUUUAUUGUCAAGGAAGAAAAGGUGCAACUGUGCGCCAAGUCAGUAAUGUUGUCGCUGCUACAGAUUUAACCCUCCUGGCCUUGGCAGGGAUAGGUUUACGUCAAGGAAAGAAACUAGGUUUUGCAUCUUGUAAGCGGAUCUUGGGUGCCACAGAAGGAAUUAAUGUGCUGAUGGAGAAGAAAGGUCUUCACGGGAACUGGGAAUAUGGUGUGUCUUGUAUUGAAUACACCGAGUUUGACAAGUUUGGAAUUACUGCUGGACCUCUUGCUCCAAAAAGCUUGCAGGCAGAGUUCCCAGCCAAUACAAACAUCUUAUAUGUUGAUUUAGCUUCUGCGGAGCUAGUUGGAUCAAGUAAGAGCGAGAAUAGUUUACCUGGAAUGGUGCUAAAUACUAGAAAGUCAAUAGUCUACACAGAUCAGUUUGGAAGAUGUCAUAGUGUAUCUGGCGGCAGGCUUGAGUGCACAAUGCAAAAUAUAGCUGACAAUUAUUCCAAUUCAUAUUCAUCCAGAUGUUAUAAUGAUGUAGAAGAUAAGCUAGAUACUUUUAUUGUGUAUAAUGAAAGAAGAAGGGUUACCUCCUCAGCUAAGAAAAAAAGAAGACAUGGCGACAAGUCUUUACAUCAGACACCUGAUGGCGCUCUGUUGGAUAUCUUACGAAAUGCUCAUGAUCUUCUUUCUCAAUGUGAUAUAAGGCUUCCUAAGAUUAAAGCUAAUGAGAACUAUAUUGAUUCGGGACCACCAUUUCUCAUCCUUCUGCAUCCUGCUCUUGGUCCUCUUUGGGAAGUCACAAAGCAAAAAUUUAAUGGUGGUUCCAUAUCAGAGGGCUCUGAGUUACAAAUAGAGGUUGCAGAGUUUUUUUGGAGGAAUGUUCAGCUCGAUGGAAGCCUGGUCAUAGUUGCUGAUAAUGUUAUGGGCUCAAUGAAGAUUAAUGAGAGUGGUGAAUCCAUACUACAUUACGGGCAAAGGUGUGGAAGAUGUAAAUUGCAAAAUGUUAAGGUAUUGAACAAGGGAAUUGAUUGGAAAUAUGGUGGGAACAUAUACUGGAAACACGAUGUACAGCGAUCCGAGGUGCUGCAGAUCAUACUGCAUGGAAAUGCUGAAUUUGAGGCUACUGAUGUUGUCUUACAGGGGAAUCAUGUCUUUGAAGUUCCAGAUGGCUUCAAAAUGAAAAUCAUGCCAGGAAGCCCAGGUUUAGCAAUCCAGUUAGAUCCGAUUGAACAAGAUAUGAUGGAGAGUGGAAGCUGGCACUGGAAUUACAAGAUAGAAGGUUCUCACAUUCAGCUAGAAUUAGUAGAAUCAUAAGACCACUAACCCCUUUAGAUAUCCGCUGCGUGAAUCAUGGUUCACAGCUGGUAUUGGAGUUCACGCAAAUAAUUUCGAUUACCAAAUGACAGGUUGAACAGAAGUUAAGCCUUUGUCAUUUUUGGUUGUUUUAGACUUCUUUGUAAUAUGUUGGUAGGCUUGUAAAAUCCAUCUGUCUUUUCUAUUUUCCCAUUCUUUUGUAAUCUUUAUUAUUGGGAUGAUCUCUUCAUUUAAUGUAAUAUAACCAACAUUGUCAAAAUUGAGGAAUUCAUGCAAUGAAUGUGGAUCCAUUUUAUCAUA